GGGAUUAUCGGUUCGAACAUUGACGAAUUAAUUCAAUAAAUCCAAAACAAUAAAUUUCAACAGAUCGACAUUCACUACGAACUACGAACUACGCACUACCGACUCGAACUCGAUCUCGAACUCGAACUCGGACUCGGACUACGUACAAGUUACAGAUUACGGAUUACGGAACAUAUCUUAAAGAUCGGACCCCGCAACCAUGAGUUCUUCAGCGCAAGGAGCACCGAGAGCACCGGCAGUCUCGACAGUUCCAACAACAUCAAAUGAUGAUAAAAAGAAAGGAUUAAGUCGAGUUUUGGGACGAAUGAAGACAGUUUUGAAAAGAAGUGAUGGAUCAAAAAGAUUAUCAUUUGUUGGAAAGUCUUCAACUUUAAAUACAACAGGAGAACCGAGUGUCCCUAAAUCCACUGAUCAAUCAUCAAAAUCACAAUCACAAUCAAAACCAACACCGGCGCCAGCACAAUCCAAGGAAAUCCCCGUCUCAAUUCCCACUGCCGUCGAAACGAAACAAACUACCACUACCGCUACCACUACCAAAUCCAAAUCCACUACUCCUAACACAACAAAACAACAACAAUCUCAAUCUCAACCUCAACCCACCAAAAUCUCUCGAGCAGAUAUCAAUGCUGAAAGAGCUAGAAAGUUAGCUGAACGUUUUCAAUUACAAAUCGAACCACAUGAAUGGCAAACUCUUACUGGAGAAAAAGAUGUUUGGAGAAUCGAAAAACCUAUUCGAAUGAGAAUUCAUAGAACUUGUCAUAAAUGUGACACAACAUUUGGUGCCAAUAAAAUUUGUACCAAUUGUGAACAUCCAAGAUGUACAAAAUGUCCAAGAUAUCCUUUGAAAAAGAAGGAGAAAGGAAAAACUGCAGUGGCUAAUGUUGGUCCAACGAAAGUGGAAGUUGAUCGAGAAUGGAAAAAGGCUGAAAAAUUAAUCAUGACUUUACCAAGUCAAAAAUUGGGUGGUCAACCUUUGGUCAGGAAAAAACCUAUGCAAAGAGUUAGAAGAACUUGUCAUGAAUGUUCAACUCUUUUUACGGCUGGAAAUAAAAUUUGUACAACUUGUUCUCAUACUCGUUGUGCUGAUUGUCCUAGAAAUCCAUCCAAGACAAAGAAAUACCCCGAUGGUUACCCUGGCGAUCAACCAUCUUCCAAAAUCAAGAAAUUCGCAUGUCAUAAAUGCGAUAAAACAUUCCCUCAUCAUUCUUCCUCGGAUCCAUCAAGUAACAUUCAAGAAUGUACAAGGUGUAAGCAUGUUAGAUGUGAUAUGUGUAUGAUAGCUGUUCCGCGAAAAGUGGUACCAGAGCCGGAUCCAGAGGUGUUGAGGAGAGUAGAGGAAAAACUGAGAGGGUUAACUAUUAGACGGCCGAUGACAGUAGAUGUAGUUGUUUGAUGGGCUGCUAGGGUAGUGAUGUGGGGUGUGGGGUAGGGUGGGAGAAGCGGGGAGCCUGGUCGAAUAUGGAGAUUUGGUAACGAGAAAAAGGAAGAGAGAAAGGAAAGGAAAAGAAAAGAAAAGAAAAGAAAAGAAAAGAAAAAUUGCAUGGACGGAUGGAUGGAUCAAUGGGCAAAAAAAACAACUCACAUCGGAACAUUUACAUAUUUGACGGCAUUUAAAUUUUUGCAUUUUUCGGAUUUUGCAUUUCUUUGCAUUUGCAUUGCAUAGGAAGCGAUUUGACUUGAUGGGGAAGAUGUUGGAAAUUCGUUUCGAAAGAAUUGUCAAAAAAUUACGAGGCGAUGAAUUAGCGAAUGUUAAUUGUGUAUGAAUGGAUACAUGCGCAUUAACAUUUUUGAGUUUGAGGUUGAGUUUAAGUUUGAAUUUGUUUUCUGUUUUGUUUUGUUUUUUUGUUUUUUUACAUUAGGUUGUUUUAGUUUGGGAGGAUUGAUUGAUACCUUUUUGUGUUUUGAGAUUGUUGGCUUGUGUUGUGUGGAGGGUGAGGGGUGAGCUGCGUCGGCUGGAAAAGGAUUGAGAGCGAGAGCGACGUGGAAAGGAGAUAGGGGAUGAGGAUAAGGGGGACGAAACGAGAUGAGGUAAAGAAAUGAAGAAUAUUUUAAAAUGCAUACAUACGAUUGAUAUCAUGAUACCAUAAACCUGUCUACCUAUUAGUGGGACUUUGUUAAUUGUUUCAAUCGUGAAAGGGGAGUGGUGGUGAUGUGGAUUUGGAUGUGAAUUUGGAUGCGAAUGAAUGGGUGGAUAUAUAGAUAGAAAUAUAUAGAGUUCGAAGUCA